AUGCCCUCCAAAAAAGUCCUCAUAAUCCUCAGCGACGCGACCUCCUUCCCCCUGCACAACACCUCAACCGGCACCCAAGAACAACCCACCGGCUUCUUCCUCCCGGAACUCGCCAAACCACUCUCGAAACUCCUCUCAGCAGGCCACGAAGUAACCUUCGCCUCACCCAAGGGCCUCACCCCACAACCCGAUCCGAACAGCGAAUCCCUCCUCACCUUCGCCGGCAACUUCUACGAGCGCCAGCGGGAACAAGAGCUCAUCGAGCGCAUGCGACGCGAAAACGGCUUCUCAUCACCCCGCCCCUUCGCCAGCAUCUCCGACGAGGAACUGAAGACCUUCGCGGCGGUGUUCAUCCCCGGGGGGCAUGCGCCGCUGGUGGAUCUCGGUGGGGAUGAGGAGUUAGGACGGAUAUUACGGUAUUUUCAUCAGGAGAAUAAGCCCACAGCGGCGAUUUGUCAUGGCCCGUUGGCGUUGUUGAGUACGAGGAAGGUUGGUGAUGGGGAGUUUGUGUAUAAGGGGUAUGAGAUUACGUGUUGGAGUGAUGCGGAGGAGAAGGUUAUGGAGACGUUGUUGAGGGGGGAGAUUGAUAAGGUGGAGAGUCAGUUGAGGGAUGCCGGGGCUGUGAUGGUUGAGGGGGGAAGGGAGAAGUUGGGCAAGACGACGCUUUGUAGGGAGUUGUUGACGGGGGGGAAUCCGUUGGCGGCGGAGGAGUUGGGGGAGAGGUUUGUUAGGAUGGGCUUGUGGGUGGGUGAGGAGGUGUAG